UUAUAACAUAAGUAUUAACACCAAUCAAACGUUAUAACAUAAGUAUUAACACCAAUCAAACGUCAUAACAUAAGUACUAACAACAAUCAAUCGUUAUAACAUAAGUAUUAACACCAAUCAAACGUUAUAACAUAAGUAUUAACACCAAUUAAAAGUUAUAACAUAAGUAUUAACACCAAUCCAGCGUUAUAACAUAAGUAUUAACAAGAUUGUUACGUUUUGAAGACUAACUGUUUUAUUAACACCAAUCAAAUGUCAUAACAAAAAUGUCACUGUUUUUAACAGUUUGUGUCAAGAGACACAAAGUUGACACAAUGAAAUUACCUUUCAUAGCGUGAGUAUGUGACAGAAGAGGCGGGGCUGCGACCCGAGGGCUUUUGAUUACUCGACUGGCCUUUCACUCAUCUCCGCCACAUCCGGGCCCUUGCUUGCUAUGUGACGUCGGAGCUUACAUCAUUUAACUGGAUCUGCUGUUCGACUGGCGAGUCCAGUCGUUGUUAGAAGAGACAGAACUUCCUAAACCUCUGACAAACCGAACAACGAUUCUGCUUCAUCUCAGAGAAACAAGAGAUUCACGAGCUCACGUGCCAGUUUUGUAUCUGGUUAGUGUUAAGUGUGGAGGGGAGACAACUAGAACGUAUACCAGCAGAAUGAGUUUGGUUGGCGGGUACAGUCAGCCUUUCCCUGGUCCAGAAACCUUAUACUCAACUUAUUAUGCCGCGAGGUUUGAGACCCCCGGCGCACCCUGUGUAUCUUCUGAUGCCUCCUUCUUUACUCCUUGGACAUUUGCUCCCACUAAUCAAAGCUCUGAAAAUUCACCCCACAACGUGGAACAUACCGUUCCACCGUACGUUUCAUCUCCCGGUCAGCAGACUUCAUCCACUGGUGGACCUAUAGGUUCAGCCACAGGGUGUGACUAUAUAUACAGCCCGAGUGGGGUAGCCAGUAUCGGUCCAGACGGAAUGUUAAUGUUCCCGGAACGUGGCGGGAUAAAGAGGAGAAAUACCGCAAACAAGAAAGAGAGACGCCGCACUCUAUCUAUCAACAACGCAUUCGCAGAUCUACGUGAGUGUAUCCCGAACGUUCCCGCUGACACAAAACUGUCGAAGAUCAAGACCCUGCGGCUUGCCACCAGUUACAUAGCUUAUCUUAUGGACUUACUGGCCCAGGACAACCCGGCGUGCGCCCCUAACGGCGGCUUCAAGGCCGAACUAACGAAGAAGUUCGAAUCUAGGGACGAGAAGAGGAAGACGGAAAUAGUGAGUCUUAGAAAUACUUUUGAAUAG